AUGGAUUUCGACCCAAACGUGCUGGAGAGUAAACUCAAGAAAGUGUUGGAAGAAGCACCACCUUACGAUGGCACUCAACCUUCCAGGUCUCCGUCACUGGCCAGUACGGAUGUCACUGGUGCUUUAAAUGACUGGGCCAACCGUGAGCCACUUACAGAAGAGGAGAAGGCACGAAGAAAGCGUGCAAGCGACCGCGCUUAUGAACUUACCUUUGGGAAGAAACCACGAGGGAGGGAAGAUGAAAAUGACGCUACGGAUAACAAGUCUCCUUCUCUAGCCAGUACCUCAUCCGGGGCCCUUAAAUAUCAUCAAUCGGUCUACCGUGAGCCUUUAACGGCGGAAGAAGAGGCACUAGAAGACGAGAAAGACGAACGCUUCCAAGUCUGGGCGUGGGGUGACAAAGCGACGCAACACAAGCAGAAGCCAACAGCGGGCACGACUAAGAGCCUGGUUGAUGAUACGGAACUCGCAGGACGCGGGCAACAAAAUGGUUGGCAUAUGGCAUCCAAAAGGUCGCGCAACGAUCCAUCAGCGGCAGACAUGAAUAUCUGUAUUGGCAGACCGAGCUCCCAGCCUUGGGAGUGCUUGUAUUCGAUGAUAUGCGGCUACGUCUAA